GCUACCUGUCAUAUAGUAAGUCAUGUGGAUGGAUUAGAGGAGAAUAUUCGGGACUGGAAAUUGGGAGACAGAUUGUUGCCAUAAUCAAAGUGAAAGAUAACUAGAGUAUUGACUAGGGCAGCGGUGGGAGAAAUGGGACAUACAUGGAAAAUAAGAGAGAAGAUUGACAGGGCUUUGUAUCUGGAUGAAUGUGAGGGUAAGAGAGAUGGAAGAUACUUUGAAUCUGAGAUUUCCAACGGAGACUCCAGGUGGAUGUUGUGCCUUAACUGUAUUUAGGCAUUUGGGAAGUAGGGGGCAAUUUAAGGAGAAUAUGAUUAGGACAACUUUAGAUGUGCUGUGAGUUGGAGAUGCCUUUACGAUACCCAGUGGAGAUGUCUGAUAGGCAACGGGACAUGAAUAGGUUAAUUAUAUGCUUUUAUCAUUCAAACUAGGACCUUUUCGAAAUUGACACAGGGUGCUAUUAAUAAUUAUGCCAGGAUAACAAGCAUAAACCAGGAAUGACCCUUAUAAACUGGGUUGCAUAGUCUUCCUAUAUAAACAGGUCACAUCUGGAGCUCAGAGAGAAAGGUCUGGAAUGAAGUUAAUGAUUUGUGAGUCAUUAGCAUGUAGGUGCUCUGAGAAUGGGUGAGAUUGCCUAGGGAGAGUUUCUAGGAUAGGAAGAGAAAAGGGGCAAGACAAAACCAUAGGGAAUACUAAUAUUUACAUAGUUAAUUAGGUAACUGGGAUUAUUAACUGGGAAAUUGUUUUUCGAAACACUUAACAUUCCUAAAUUUUUCUGAGGAUUCUAAUAUCCUAAUCAACCAUUCCCAUGUCUGCUCCCAACCCGGCCAUGAACCAUAGCCAUCUCCAUCCCGCCCCCACCACAGUACUUUACCCCUCUCUGGCCCUCUCUGCAGCCGGAAGUUGUUGUUGUUGUUUUUUAAGUUUAAAACUACAGGUUUAUAGGGAGGGCAGAGGAAGAGGAGCCAACAAAGGAAACUACAAGUGGCCAAGGAGACAAGAACCAGGAGACUACAGUUCAACUUGAAGGAAACCUUUCAAGGUGGUCAGUAAUGUCAGAUGCUACAGAAAGGCUAAGUAGUAUGAGGAGCUGAGAAGUGUCCAUUGGCCAUGCCAUUUAGGGGUCACUGUUGCCCAUUUGUGGGAUGGUCAGUAGAGUUGUCCUGCAGUAGGCAGAGGAAGCAGGAAGAAAAAUAAAGCUGUAGAUAGACAGAAGUAGCUACUAGCAGCAUUCCUGCAGCAUUAAACAUGGGGAGGAUUGAUUCCUAUUUUAAAAGUGAAGAUAGAAUACAGUGAAUCUGUAAUUUAUUGAUUGCAACAAGGAGCCAGUAGGAAGGGCAAGGCUGAAUGUACAAGAGAGGGAAGAAAUACCAAUCUUCAGUCAUAUUGAAGCUUUUUUGCUCAGUCUCAUUCCCUUGUCAGGAGCACCUGUGCUGUGUUAUAGUUGAAUGCCACCAGUCUGUUCUAAUAGGUGUCACUUUGACUUUAAAGACUACCAUCUAAUGUCUUUCUGUUUGGUUGGCUUGGGAUCUAGAUUGUCCUUCCUCUUUUUCUAAAGACUCAAGAUGGGAACCUUUGAAGAGGAUAUAAAUUUGUCUUCUAGUUGCAUUGAUUUGCUGACCACUGGUAAAGUGCUGAUAACCCAUCAGUCUAGAUAUAUGGGUUAAUGUGAUGUAUCCUUGUUGAUAGAUUUAGAAACAUAUACUGCACGUGAACCUACUCCUUUAGUACAUGUAUGUGUGUCUCUCCAUGGUGUCAUGUGUAUUAGGUGGAAAAGUGAGUUUUUACACCAAAACUUGUUUUUAUCUUGAGAAGUUCCAUUAAGAAAAAAGUUGUUAAAAUACAAACUGUUCUGUUUUCUGAUUUGCUAUCUCAUAGUAAGCAGUUAGUUGUAAGAUUAACUUCCUCAGAGGAAAGAAGGCAAGGACACCAGCAAAAGGAAAAGAAAUGUUUAAUUGCUCUGCGAAGGCCCCAACAUGCUCUGAAAAGUAAAGAUUUCAGGCUUAAUGUGCAUGGAACAAAAGGCCGUUGUGAGCUGUGUACAAGAGUUGGUGAGAGUUUGUAUUCUGCCCCUUUUUUCUGUGGGAGUUAUUUCCUGUUGUUGACUAGAGUUCUUUAUUUAGAACCACCUAGCUUCAGAAUGCCUGCUAGCUUGCAGAAAAGUGUGUACUUAAAACAUAGGCUUAUUUCAAGACAAUCUCUUUGAAAAAAAAGUCACACUACACAUGCACUGAAACAUCAUGUUCCCAAAGGUCAAGAUCCCCAAUAAGAAGAGACAUAAGAAGGAGCUGCAAUGCGUUUGGUGUAGCACUUGGUGGUCACCUGAACACCUAGUGAAAGAUAUUUUAUGGGGAAACUGUGUUUCUAUUUUUUACUUUAAAAAAAAAAACAAACCAAGAUUUCACUUUUUAGUGCUGAGUUCUUUGUCAUUUUAAGGAAGUAACAAGAAGCCUUCCAUAUUUUGUGAGGAAGAUUUAUCCUUGUUAGCAUGAUAGAAGUUCGCCUGGCAGAUAUAUGUUGGGUAAAGGAGGAAAACGGAAGUUUGAUGAGCAUGAAGAUGGGCUGGAAGGCAAAAUCGUGUCUCCCUGUGACGGUCCAUCCAAGGUGUCUUACACCUUACAGCGCCAGACUAUCUUCAACAUUUCCCUUAUGAAACUCUAUAACCACAGGCCCCUGACAGAGCCCAGCUUGCAAAAGACCGUUUUAAUUAACAACAUGUUGAGGCGGAUCCAGGAGGAACUCAAACAGGAAGGCAGCCUGAGGCCCAUGUUCACCCCCUCCUCCCAGCCCACCACCGAGCCCAGCGACAGCUACCGAGAGGCCCCGCCGGCCUUCAGCCACCUGGCGUCCCCGUCCUCCCACCCCUGCGACCUCGGAAGCACUACGCCCCUGGAGGCCUGCCUCACCCCGGCCUCACUGCUCGAGGACGACGAUGACACGUUUUGCACCUCCCAGGCCAUGCAGCCCACGGCUCCCACCAAACUGUCACCUCCAGCCCUCUCGCCAGAAAAGGACAGUUUCUCCUCUGCCUUGGAUGAGAUCGAGGAGCUCUGUCCCACAUCUACCUCCACAGAGGCGGCCGCGGCUGCGACUGACAGUGUGAAAGGGACCUCCAGCGAGGCUGGCACCCAGAAACUCGACGGUCCUCAAGAGAGCCGUGCAGAUGACUCAAAACUGAUGGACUCUCUGCCUGGGAAUUUUGAAAUAACGACGUCCACGGGUUUCCUGACAGACUUGACCCUGGAUGACAUCCUGUUUGCUGACAUUGAUACGUCCAUGUAUGAUUUUGACCCCUGCACUUCCUCAUCAGGGACAGCCUCAAAAAUGGCCCCUGUGUCUGCCGACGACCUCCUCAAAACUCUGGCUCCUUACAGCAGUCAGCCUGUCGCCCCAAGUCAGCCUUUCAAAAUGGACCUCACAGAGCUGGACCACAUCAUGGAGGUGCUUGUUGGGUCCUAAGACCCGGGGACCCAGCGACUGUGCCCACCCAGACCCCAGAGCGUUCCCAUAACCCUGACAGUUCUCCACACUGUGCAUGCACCCUUGCUUGCCUUUUUCAGAGAAAAAGAAAAUUUUACAACAGGAUCACACUAGUUUUUGCUUUGAGCAGAGUUGGAGUGCCUUCAUCCAAGUAUGACCACUUUUAAUACACUUUUUUGAGUGGUUCCUCAGAGACCUACUACCCUGGUAUAGGAAAGAAUCCAUUCGAAGACAAUGUUGCAAUGUUGAAUGACAAAAAUAAACAGUUCAAGUGAAGCACAAGGAUUAAGUUGGAAAAGCUGUAAAUUGCAUGUGCAUAUUUGUCUAUUUUUUCUAUAAGUUUUAUUGCAAGAGGUAAAGAAGAAAACUAUAUAUAUAUAUCUUAUUUAGAUAAUCUCAGUACCUUUUCUGGCAUUUUUGCCCUGUAUAGGUUGACUUGGCAAUUCGGCCUUUUUAGAGGCAUUAACUACUCCUCGUAAGUGUUGCAUUUACAUGGCUGUUUAGAAAACUGCUGCCCAAAUUUAUUUUAUAUUUUUGUACAGAUUCUGCAGUUUAUGAUAUUGUUUUUCUAAAAACAAAUGCUGUUUAUACAUAUGAGAUAGCUAUUUUGAUAGGAUUUGCUCACAUAGUUCCUGCAAACUUCAGAUGUACAAGUUGCACUUGUACUUUUAUAGAGUUGUAAUGUUUUAUAUGUGUAUGGUGCAAGAGAAAAUUGGAUCAAAUCAAUCUACAGUUGAUGUCCCCAAAUGCAAACACAGGCACACACAUGCACACACACAUAAACACACACACACAGUGCUUUAAGAAAGGGCCAGGUGAUAUCACAUCCAAAUUUCACAAGCACUGACCCCCUGGCACCAACACCCGCCAGUACUGUGACUUCCAAAGCCAGAGCCACAUGUGCUCAUCAAACUUGCAUUAAGCAGUUGGCGGGAGAUGGCUGUGGAGCUGGGGGUUUAAGUGAUGGUUCUCUUUUGCUCCCUCUUUUGAGGGUAAAGCUACUGUCUUUCUUAAGAGUGUAUUUAUGCCAAGUUUGCGCUUUUAAUUGUUUUUAUUUUGUUUUUUAAUGAAAACCCAGAUCUUUCCUUUUUGGCAUAAUUUUUACGAUGACCUGAAAUUUUACAUCCGAACAAAAUUUUACAUCCGAAAAGCAACCAACUUCUUCAUGGAACUCAGCCCUGUUGCAAUGCUUAGGGCCCUUAAAGAAGAAAAUCUCCCCAGAAGGCAUCCAUCAUGUUGCUUAAUUGUCUUCUGCAGCUUCCUUUCCCUAGAGCUUUCCCUGUGUUGCUAAGAGCUGAAAAUGGCAUCUUCGUGAUCACCACAGUGAGCUUGGCUCGCCUCGGCCGGCCCGGGAUGCACUCUUACAACAUGUGUGACUCUUGAACCUGGAGUUCAUCACAUUACGUCACAGCUUCCCAUCUGGUUGCUUUCCUAAGUCAGCUACUUCACACUUGUCAAGGCUGUUUUACCCCAAAACUCAGACAGGACUUUCUAUGCAUGUUUUCCCUCCUCCCCCCAAUUCCCCCCCCAUCACCUUAUCUCCCAGGACACACUUGAGAAGUAGCUUUUUAUUCCUAGUGGUGUACAUUUAAUUUUUAAAAAUUUCAAUGUAUCAUGCUUGUUGCCGAAACUGUUUAUGGCCUUCUUGUUUCAGUUUUUUCUUUCCUUCCAAUGGUACUUUAGCUGUUGAGUGCAGGUUACAACCUAUAUUGUUAUGCAGAUGGCUUCUUUAGGAAUAACUUUUAUAUUUAUUUAAAAAUUUUUAAAUUAUGGGAUGUUUUGUUGUUGUUGUUGUCUUUGUUGUUGGUCAUUUGUCAAUAUUCAGUCACCAAUUCUGCUCACUUCUUGCCAUGGAUAAAAUUGGGUCUUUCUGGCUAAUUAAAAAAGACAACUUUAUAAAAUGGCACUUUAAGCAAGCCAUAGUUAGUUUUAUUUUUGUAAUGCACAUGGCAAAGCAAAGACGUUUGUGAUGAAGGAACUGCUCAUCUAAGCAAAAGAUUUGAGUAUGAUAUGAUAAAGGCUUUCUACAUUCUAAUUUACUUUUCCCCCCCACUUGAAUGUGUUUUAAAGGCUAAUUAUCAGCUCAGUAGAGCAGUGAGAAACUGAUCAAAUUGCACUUGUUCUCCUACAAGCAACCUCCACGCAGACACCUCGUACUGCUACAGGUGUGUCAUUUCCUUUACUAGGACCAGGGACCAUGUAACUGAGGUGAGGGUUGUAGUAGAUGCUUCCAGUGUCAGUAUGCCUGUUAAUUUUAAGAGCUUCCCUUUCUUGCAGAGAACAAGUCUGCCCAGAUUCCAUGCUUUCUAUAACUGGAGGACCUGGCAAACCUGCCGCAUGCUGCACACAUCUACCUACGUACACAUAUACAAUAGUAUUGAUGAUUCUGAACAAUAACAGGGUAAAACAGUUGGUUUGCCAUUGUUAAAAACUGAUUUACAGUAACUUACAACAACUGUACUUUUGUUGGAUUAGCAAAUCAUGUGUUUAAACAAAUCCCAUAUGUUGGGCAACAGUUCAAAUAAGCACGGAGAAGUGUUGCCCAAACUUGGUUCUCUGACUCUUAUGUAUUUGUAAGGCUGGGCUUCAAAAUCAAAACAAAAACCCCAAAAACAGCAGGCAAAUGCUUUUUAACUCUGACACCGUUGCCAUAAAUCCCUGAUACUCAAAGUCUAACAAGAAAGACAUGGAAAAUUAGCAGCCCAUUUUCAGAAAGAUCAAAAUGAUCUAGGGUUCUAAUUGCUUUUGCAUCCUAUUCUUACAAAGUGAUGUCCCAACAGGGAACAGUAGGAGCUGGAGUGGGAUCUCCAAGUCCCAGUUUGAGUGUGGGAUGUGCUUCCAGCAGUGCCUUCCCUUUAUGAAAGACAUCACAUGGCAUCCAGGGCCAGGCAGGCAGCUUGAGGUGCCUUUACGAGAAAACCGAGCUGGGGCUGGGAGAGGACAGUUAUUGACACUGAUGUGCAAUGAAGUGACAAGAUGAGAGCAGAAUCGUAAGAGCUUUGAAUUUGAAGUGAGUUUUUUUCCCCCCAUAAGUUAUUUAUUCCUUUUUUCUGUGUAAAUAUAUUUAUUUUACUGUGGAGCGCUAACAUCUGGAUCGUAACAUGUGCAGAAUGUAUGGUAGGAAUGUAUUCUCUUGUAGGAAUGUAAAUCUGUAUUAAAAGGGGGUCCAAGCCAGGCCCCCAGGUCUUCUCAUUGUAUGCACAGUCCGCAUUCAUUUUUACUCUUCUCUAAUAUGGGUCUAUUUGAAAUAUGCAAAAGGUAUGAGGAAUGUUUUAAUACCUCCAAAUUUUUAAGAAAAGCAUCAAAGGGUUGAUAUUUUUUAAAGUUUUUUUAGUAGCACUUUCUCUGGAUGACAGAAGGGGCAACCACAUGGGCACCCUUGUUCAUACCAAAGGGUGAGCAGUGGCCAGAGCCUCCUCUGCACCUCUCGAGUGUCUUUACCAAUUGAGCUUUUUAUCGCCAUAGCCCCUUGGAGUGCCCCAGCUGCCCUGAGGUCAAUCAAGGAAAAUUUCUUAAUGAAAUAAGCCCCAAAGAGCCAAAGUAUCAACUUACAGAUCGUUUUUAAAGCUUAAAUUUAUGAACCACCUUUGUGGUAAACAAUGAAUUAUGAAUACCGCAGGGCAGCCUUCUUAAAUGACAAAUGAAAAAAAAAAAAAAAAGAGAGAGACUCUACUUUGUGCAGCAAUUGCUACUCUAUACGAAUUGUCUUAAUUUGAAAACCUUGCUGUUACAAAUUGGACCUUUAUACAUUUUCUGAAAACAAAAGAGCAUAUUUAACCUUUUCUGGCUGUAAAUGGUUACCUUCCUGUAACUGCCCCGCACCUGGAGGCAUGGAGUUGUGUGCAUCCUGCUUAUGUACAAUUGUUUUCAGUGUUUCUAAGAAUGAGUCUGAAUGGUUCUUGAAAAUUAGCCAGGAUCAAAUGCUGUUGCAGACAAAGCCAAUAAAAAGUUGGACUUCUUUUGGGGAUAACAAGUUUUGGAAGAGAAAUGCAGGCCAUAUGUGCGCAUGACCGAGAUUUUGAAAAAAGAUGUACAUAGUGACAUGUUUGGUGCAUGGUUUUUGAGGAGGGCUUUUGUCAAAAAGGAGGUAUAACCUUUCCCCCACAGACCUGAGAGCUGUGCCUUUUCUAUGCAAUAUUACAGACGUUACAUCGGAACCCAGAUGGCUGUAUUCACAUGUAGGUUUGGGCUGUAAUCUAAACAAUUGGACAGAUUAAAUGUACAUGGAAAUGAGCAGUCUUACUUUUGUAGUUUUAUAUUAUACAAUAAACAGUUAAAAGAUGA